UAAAAAACUUUUUUUCUUUCCUCUUUUCUUUUUUUUUCUCCCCGCAAAUGUAAACAACUCACGGCAGUUUCUCGUCGCGAACCUGAGAACACUAAGCCGCAAUAUUGCAUGCAUUCAAACUGGCAAGCUUGAAUAAAUAAAUUUAAACGAAAAGAAAAAAAAACUGAAAAUAAGCGAGUAGUUUACGGAACGAGAGACGGCCAAAAUUUAUGGCACACACAAAAAGCUGUGCCAACAGGCGUAGAAAUAUAUUCAAAACUUCGUCGUGUCACGCAACGAUUUAUCACUUGCAUCGUAUACACCCGCGAAUCUAGCCUCGCAUUCACGAUAGUUUAUUUUUAUACGUACGCAAAGACAUAUUUCAGCGUUACAUUUUUUUUGUUACUGCUGUUGUCUUCUUGCGGCGGUCUUAGGUGUGAAAUACGCUCGAAGCAGACACGGAAGCUACCGCGCAAGUUCCGGCUCGCCUUUCGAACUUUAUGGCCACUUCAGAGUUCCGACCAAUCUUCCACGUAUUCCGGAACACAAUUUUGCUAUAAAUCAAUUGUUUGCCUGUUUCUUUCGUUAAACUCCUUUCUUGUAAUGUUAAAACUCCGUGAAGAAGUCUCACGGAGUUCCUUCCGCAGGCCUACAUAUCUUUUCUUCAAGAACGGCACUAGAGAAACGACCCUGUCAGAUCCGCUGCGUCCGACGGUAUCCGCGUACGAACAUUCCCUUUUUUUGUGUGUGUUUUCCAAUUUUAUUUCUUUUUCAUAUAGAAACAUAUUUCAGCGGUUGGCGCGUUUCCAUUCCUCGAGAUGUCCGGCCAGUGGUGAUAUAGAGCCAUUUGUUUCGCGAAACGCCAGGAGAGAAAGUGGAAGAUUAAAGAACACACCACCACGAAAGCGAACGGCAAGUGAAUUCCGAGAACGCCGGGAAAUUUCAGUGGGAACACCUUUACGCUUCCCUUCGUUCUCGUUCUUUUUCUUGUUUUGUCAGAGGCUGGAUAAAUGCGUCAAUAAGCGAAUCUAUCAGCUAGAAUCAGUGAAUAUAUAUCAGCCAAAAAAAUUAAGGCAGAAAAAGCGCAGAACAUGCAAAUUGGAAAUGGUGCAAACCAAGCACGGGGAAACUUCGUAAGGACCAUCGGGGAAUCAGAAAAACAAAAGAUGCAGACCCCCCCCCCCCCCAUCCCAGACAGUGGCGUAGCCAGACAUAUUUUUAUGGGGGGGGGGGGCACACGUGCUCGGUUUGCCGACCCCCUAACCACUCCCUCGCUUUCCAGUUACACCACUGCUCCCAGAAAAUAAACAAAAAUGUACUAUGAAUUUAAAAAGAAAGCGCCCUGAACCAAACUGAAGUUCCUCAAUUGCUGAACAAACGUUCCUAUGACAGCAACCGAGACAGCCAGUUCUGCCGGAAAAAGAACGUCAGGAAUAGAACAAGAAAUUUGGCCAAGUCGGCGAAAAGCCUCUUCUCAAUAUUUUUUUUUUUUUUUUUGGCUAUGCAGAAAGGGGUUGCAUUCAGCUAUCCUUAUUUAGUCUGUGUUUUUUUUUUCUUUGGGAGGAGGGGACAUGAUGACGGAGGUGGCUUUGUUGACAUACGUUUUCCAAACGUCUUCUUUUUUUGUUGUUUUUGUCCACGCAAUUUUUUUUCUUUUGACCGUCUUCUUCGAGGAUUUGUGUUAUUUAUAACUGACCAUACACCAACAAAAGUUUCAUCGAUAAUAGGAAAUAGAGUUGCUGGUGAGGUCACGUCCUAGGCACAAACAGCGAAAAAGAAGAUAUCGACGUGGAGAAACAAUACUCAUGAACAACAACAACAACAACAACAACACAUAUUCUUUUGGCGCGAGCAACCUGGGUCGUGACCGGAGUGAUAGCGCGAGCUUACGCAAGUCUAUGUUGUUGCUGCGGGGGAGGUUGAUCUGUUCAACACUUUUAGCGACAUCAGAAACACACAUAUUCUUUGCAUCUUUCUCUUGUGGCUCCGUCACAAAUGGGUCUGUUAACUUUUCAAUUGCGUUAUGUUCUUCUGAAAUUAUUUUUAAUGUUGGUAUUUUUACCAUCGAGCUAGCCGGAAGGUAAACUCAUUCUCUCUUGUUUCCUCGUCAAACACUGGUCAAUCCAUCCUCGCGUUUACUUGUCAAAUUUAACAGGAAAUAACAACAAAAACAACAAUGACAACAGACGCAACACUAGAAACAGAGUAGUCCACGGAUGGUAGCCACCGUUGCCUAAGCAAUCUGUCCCUCUCUUGGGCAGCAUUGCUAUGUUAGGGGUGAGGCGUUAGACGUAACUAGCCCUACAGCAGCUCCCUAACUAAUCUCGCCAUCGCCUAAAUGGACACCAACGAGCGACAACCUUCGCGAGCUGACAUCUGUCAAGUUUUCAAUGACGUCUGUGUGACGUCGCUGAGGGUACAAGACGGCGACAUUGCAGAAGAAAGGCAGGUCCCCUUAUACUCCUAGACUUCGCUACUGGCAGGGUCUCGUAAGAACCAGAAACAAAUUGCUCCUCUGUUAUGCACCUUAAUGAAACAGUAACGCAGUACUGUUUCAAAACUGUUACUGUAACACAGUACUGUAUUCCCGCAAAUAACUUGGUGAAACAUUGGUCUAAUUAAGCCAAGCAGAUGGCAUGAAUGAACGCAAUACGCCGAAUUCCAUUUUCUAUGCGGGCACCUUUUCUAUUUCUUCCUUGCACUUUAUUCAUUUAUUUAUUUGCUCGUUAAUUUUUAUUUUUGUGAUGGCUGGGCUGAAACAGGCGGUGGGAGUUCAUUUUGCUCGCGUCAAUGACGGCCUCCUCUAAUGCACGCAAAGGUUUCGUCACCUUGUCCUCCAAAACCGAAGCAAUAUUGCAGGACGUAUAGAGCGCUCAGCCGGACAUUCUAGGAGUUGCAGACGCAUCUCAUUUCACUAAUUAAAAGACCCACGCUCGCAAUAUCAUGCUGCUUCGUCCUUUUCAUCUGAACCGCUCUCGCUUCCAUCUCACCGUCAAAGCCGAACUACAUAAUACAGGGCGCUGCACAACGCUCUAAACGUAAAACACCAACACCCACACUAGGCCUUUCACAAUCCUCGCAGCCUCCCCAAGCGACAUCGUCAUUCUAACUUUUUUUCUUUUUCCUGCGUCAUUGUGCGACUCUUCCCCAAGGUCCUGUUCGUUUCAGACGAAGCUGCAGUUCAAGGUUAGGUUCGCCAUAAGCCCGCUGUAGCCCGAAGCCGAGCACAGUCGACCUUCGGACAUCUUGCAAGCGCGCGGUUUACCUUGUUCAAAUGUUCCGCAGCCCCAUGGGUGCCGCUUCUUCAAUGAAAUAGAACCCAUAUAUCACUUCCCUUCGCGCCUUGUAGAAUCGAUUUUCAUCUAAAUCUCGGCAGAAGUUCCUGGAAAACCUCCGAUUCGCGAUCGCCGUCGUCUGCUCUAGUUCUCGUUCGUCGUCUGUUUAUCUUCCUCUGUUCUGUGUGUCACCUCUCCCACUCCCCGGAAGGGGGGGGGGGGGUCCAGUUCUCUGAUUUAAGGCGCUGUCAAGGCAAUGUUUGCCCAGCAAUCCACAACUCCUGACACUGAAAUGAGGCGUCUACAUCGCUGGGCUUCUCAUAUUUUUCUUUUGCCCCUUUUGCUGUCUUGCUUAUGUCCUUCUGUCUACUUUUGUGCGUGUGUGUUGGAAAGCUACUUCAAUACAGUUGCACUAGCGAGUACACACGCUAUGGACUUCUCAUCCACCGUCGAAGGAAUUGGGUUGGAUAGGAGGGAGGCCACCUGAGAACCAGGGGAAGGCGUGGGCCGGCAGUCGAUGUCGGAGCUCUUCAACCGUGCCAUAUAGGAAAAUUUCCAAUACGCCUUAUGUGUUUGCGAGCCCAGGCAUGGGUAACUGGCGACCAAAAUGGGAUCUGCAGACUCUCGCGUCACCUAUGGGCGAUAAUACAAACUGAAAAAUGACAUUAUUUUUUUUUUUUUUGCACAGCAACAAAAUGAGAUAAACGUACGCACUGCAGGCAAGGUCAAAUAACCGGCAUUUUCAAUAAGCACAAUUUAUUUUCUGUGAUAUUAGCCAUUUCAGGCUCCUCUUUAGCUGGCGAUGGGUGAGGCUAAAUUGCAUCAUGUCGCUCACUGGCGGCGCCUAAUUUAUCCUCCAUAGAGAAGCUGUACAGUAGUAGUAGUAGUAGUAGUAGUAGUAGUAGUAGUAGUAGUAGUAGUAGUAGUAGUAGUAGUAGUAGUAGUAACGAGCGUCAGCAGCCGCCUAUAUUUAUGUCCGCUGCCAGGAAGAACGCCUCUCCCAGCGAUUUCCAAUUAUCCUUGCAUUUGCGCUAGCUCUCCGAGUAAUAGUAGUAGGAUAAUCGCGGAGACUUCUCUUUAGCAAUGAAGGGAGAGCAAUGGAGCUAAAUCGUGUACAAGAUCGCUACUGAAAACGUACCCACAUUUUCCUUUGGAUUUCAAUUUAGGCCGGGAACAGAAAACCUUACUCAGUUAUACUUUAAUAAGAGAAAAUUUCAAAUUUAUUUAUGCUUCGUAACUUUACUCUCUGGCCUUUUGGCAAAUGCGAAACCAACCUUGCAAAUAUAGGGGUGUCCAAAUACACGCCCUGGCGAAGGCGCCCUCUGGAUAACAGACGCAGAUCUGGAAGGCUACGCUUUUGCCGGCUGCAUACGGCGGAAACGAUACCGCGGACCGGUAACACUCCAUAGAGGUCAGGUCUUGGACAGCACCUAUAUCAAGUGACGCUGGUUCAGUGUCUGCUUCGACAAAAAUGAAACGGCAAGCAUUGUUGAACUCUGGCGGACUACUUGGCGCAGUGACACAUGUGCAGAGGCUGCACCUUUCUAGCUUUAUUUCGCGUGCUAUAGAAAUACGUCCUCCACGCGUAGCAGUAAUUCGAUCAUAACUCCUUUCUCGCUAGAGGCUCGUGCCAUGAUAAAAGUUUAGGAAGAAGGAAAGGAAGAAGAUGCGACGUGCCAGCGGGGACGCCAUUCUAAACAUUGUCAAAUCCCGCUAUACAGUCCAAUUCGCCAUCUUGUCAGCUGUGAUUGGCUCAGAGGGCUGCAAGGGACUCUCUGAUUGGCUCAAAAUGACGCCAUUACAGAAUUUGGCCAGAAUGCUUAACUUGAGAAUGUACAGAACAGGAUACGCCGGCUGAGGUACAUUGCUCUCUCUUGGGGCCUCGGUAUAGUAGGCUUUUAGCCACAAGGAUGUGUUUGAAACGCCGAGCGUGAUUUGCCGUGCAUGAUUUCAUUCAAGUAGCAAAACGUAUAAUCCGUGUUAAUUCCAACUUUCCUUAGUAUUCAUAUUACGAUUCUUCUAAAUUCCUUCCAGUCCAGUUAUUCAACGAAUAUUCUUCUUUUUUUUUUGUUCCCUUUCGAUCAGUAACAAUCCAUUCACCUUUUCUCGCUUCUCAAGCACACCCUACUUAACUGCCUUAUUCCCAAAUUUUUACUCUAUCAAGAACAUCUUCACUUUUUCAGUUUUCAGUUUAUUUCUUCAAUCAGUAGAUAUACAUGCUUACACAAGUAUACGGAUGGAGGUCCCAGAGUAUGUGGCUGAAAGAGGACCUCCUGUCAGAAAAUAUAUACAUCAGAGCAAAUACACAGCAUAAAACAACAAUACAGUAGUCACCAAGUGGAAGAUGAUACAAAGUAAAUGUAGUACAAACUGUAAAAUAACAUAAAGUCAACAGCCAGUCGUAGAAUUAAAACAGCAGUUCAAGGCAUUCGCAACAGAACAAACGAAAAAUAUUUAUAAAGGCUACAAAUGAAAAAAAAAGAACUAAAGAAAAAGAAAAAACGGAAAGGAAAUGAGCAAGAGUGAAGUGAAUAGCUUAGAUAUGUGGACUAUUUUGGCUGUCUAGUAGAAAAUUGAAUAAUCUUUUCCUGAAGAAACCUAAAGACGAAGAGCACUUGACAUCUAGUGGGAGGCUGUCCCAAGUAGAUAAUGCUGCGAAAAGGUCAUUACUGAGGUCUCAUAAGGUCUUACUGAGGUCAUUGCCCUUGCGUACAAACCACUCAAUCCUUUGCCCAUGCCCCAUUGUGGGUACGUGCCACGCAUUUAAACAUCAUCAUCGCCGGCGUACGCGGUGUUGUCCGGCGUCGGGAGCUGCUGGCGCCGGCCUCUGGCAGGACUGCCGAGGAGCGGCCCAGAGGGCGCCCCCAGCGACGACUCCUCGUCCGCGACUCGCCGUCCGGGGACGAGGAGAUGGCCACCGAAGGGGACCAGCUGAAUGCCGAGGCCGCAGAGAACACCACGGCGACGACCGAGACGACCGUGGCCCAAAUUGAGGCAAGCGCAGUCCCGGAGGUCGCUUCCGGGCCGCUUGUCGCAGACGCAGACGGGAAGCCGGAAGUUUCUUCCGCGACACAACCGCCACAAAGCAGAGCCGCCGACACUCCGGAAGAGCCGAAACAGCAGAAACGCCAGCAGAGAGAACACACACAGCAGGAGCACUACUACAUGGUGCUGCUGGAGGACGUGCUCUCCGCGGACCAGGGGCACCGGGGUCGGGACGGCGGCCGCGCCGAACAACAUGGUGGCAGCGGUGGCGGCUACGAGAGAGCGGCGCGCCACCUCGCGGAGCCGCUCGAGCCCGACAUGGACGACUUGAUGUGCGGCGAGCGCUGCGCGCCGCUGAACCGCAUCUGCGGACUGCCGCUGCUCGGGCUCGCGUUCAUCGCCAUCGUGUUGCCCGUGGCUGUGCACCGGUUCUCCUCUACGCAGAACGCGACGCAGACGCCGCAGCUACACGGGACAUCGAGCAGACUGUAUGCAACGAUAAGGCCCGGUCAGUUCAACUACCUCGCGGAUAGGCUGCUUCGGCCUUACGCGACGACUGCCAAGCAGGCUUUAUUACCGUGGAGGCUAAACAGCUCCGCCGGCGUUGGCCGCGUCAGACUCGAUUGGCAACGACUGCUGGGGACCAAGUCGAAGACGGACAAGAAGCCCGCCUCGACAUCUCCUUCUACGUCGACGAUAACGAGGCAGAACCCGGAGCUGCGGGACAUUCCGCGACCCGAGAGCCCCUCCAACAGCGCCCACGCUACGCUGACGCCUUCGAGAGACGUCGACAGGAAGGUGGACGGACGUGGUCUUGAGCACUGGGUGUCGCCGAUCGGGCCCCAAAAUCUUCUAGCCGGGACCAGAUGGUUCUUCGAGAAGACGACGACGCUGCCGACAACGUGAGUCAAGUCAGUUCCGAUCAGGUCAAGUCAAGUCAGGGUCAGGUAUAGUUUCGGGU